AUGGAGAAUGUUGUAGUGUUGAUUGUUGGCGUUGGGCCAGCAGGCCUUGCAACAGCAGCAUGCCUUAGCCAAUUCUCAAUUCCCUAUCUCAUUGUCGAGUGUGAAAGUUGCAGCGCGUCGCUUUGGCGCAACCGCGCCUACGAUCGCCUCAAGCUGCAUCUUGCAAAGGAGUUCUGUGAGUUGCCACACAUGUCAUACCCACUAGAUGCUCCAACAUACAUACCAAAAACCUUGUUUGUCAAGUACUUGGAUGACUAUGUUGAGCGUUUUAAUAUUCAACCCAAGUAUCUCACUAGUGUGGAGUCAUCCACAUUUGACGAUGACGAAAAAUGUUGGUCCAUCAUGGCACAUGACAUGGCAAAGAAUCUGGCAACUCCAGAAUGGAAAUUGCUUAUGACCUUGCGGCCCAUGGUGCCAAUACUUCAGUUGUUAUACGAAGCCCGGUAUGUACAUGCACUAUAUAUUAUUUUUUAA